GCGUCCGUGCCUCGCUGCUCACGUGACCCUUCAGCUGACAGCCUUGCGCCACACAGUUCAUUCCUGGCUGAGGGAAGGAGCGGAGCGUGGAAAAUUCGGAGCGCGGCGGUUUGAGGGGAAAGGAAGGAGGCAGGCGGCCCAGAAGGGAGCCGGCAGGAGCUGCAGGGGAGCGCCGCGACCGCCGCCAGCCGAGCGACGCUGCCAUGGCCAGCCAGUCGCAGGGCAUCCAGCAGCUGUUGCAGGCCGAGAAGAGAGCCGCCGAGAAGGUUGCUGAGGCCCGCAAGAGAAAGAACCGACGGCUCAAGCAAGCAAAAGAAGAAGCCCAGGCUGAAAUUGAGCAAUAUCGCCUGCAGAGGGAGAAGGAUUUCAAAGAAAAGGAAGCAGCGGCUCUUGGUUCCCAUGGCAGUACUGCCACUGAGGUGGAAAAGGAGACCCAGGAGAAGAUGACCAUUCUCCAGAACAACUUCCAGAAGAACACCGAGGAGGUGCUGAACAGCCUGCUGAACUUAGUCUGCGACAUCAAACCAGAAAUCCAUUUGAACUACCGCAUCAAUGGAUAGGGGUGGGGGACAUUUUGGCCUUCAGGAGAUGUAUUAAGCAAUAUCGACUCUAGUUGUGCCCCUUCUUUUCGUAAGAGAUGUUAACUUAUUUCCAAGAGUUCUAGAUCUUUUUUUUUUUUUUUGCUGAAACCUCUUGUCUACUUUUUGUAGCAUUUUUGGAGCUCAUCCAAAGAUAUAUAUAUAUAUAUAUAUAUAUAUAUAUAUAUAUAUACACACACACUAGUUAUGCGUUUCAAAAGUGCAUUAUGAUAAGUUUAAAACUAGGUUAAUAUCAGAUGACUUGUGGUAAGUAUUAGAUUGAGUAUUUUAUCCUCAUGAAGUAUUUGAAAGUCAGGAAGGAUAUGAAAUGUUAGAUAACCUUCUGUAUACCUCUUAAAAUUUGUAAACAUGUGAACCACAUACACUGGCAAAUAACAGCCCUCACCAAUAGAGAGUGGCGGUUUUGUUCAUAAAAAGUUCUGAGUCUUACCAUAAAGACUAGUCCAGUGGCUUGUGAAAGUGUGUUUUUUGAAAUAGGUUCUAUUUAAACAGCUUUGCUCUGUAUAUCUUCCUGUUUAACUUGAACUAGAAACCUGCCUUCAAAUAUUCUUGAAGGAAAAGUAAAGAUCUUAUUUCACCUGA